GAGAAACCUGGCAUCGGGCCACCCAGAACCAGAACCACGCACGCACGGCUACGCACCCAGGACCGCCAGAGUGAAUGAUGCCUGCUUCCGUGCUACCAGCGCUGCCCACCGACCCCCCAGCGUCGACCGACAGUGGCUGCUGGAGCCGCUGGCCUCGCUUGGUCCUGGCCAAGUGUGUUUCUCUCCAUCAUCCUUCCAUGUGGGGAGUGGAGAGAAACCUGGACUUGAAAGGAAGGGACGGGACAGCGACUCCGCUAUGAGCUGUAGUGUACAGUGCCUUACCUUACACAGUAGUAGCGACCUGACCUCAACCUCCACUCAAGCCGUGUAAUACAAUUUGCCUUAGUAAAGGCAGGGCAAGCAUGGUGGGCACACAGGGGCGUUCAGGUUGGCGCCUGGAUAUUAUAUCGAGUGCGCCGCCUACUCCGAGGUGCAAUCUCCUACUUCACGUCUUUUUUUUCUCUCCUUCUCUCUUCCUCUCCUCUGUUCUGUCCUGUUCGUCCAUCAGUGCGUCUUGUUCCUUUUUUCUGUUUCUUUUUUUCUUUCCGGUUUUCCCGGCUCCCCGGAGGACGUCUCCCAUCUUCUUAUUGCUUAGCUUCGAAGUGUCACCCCUGAAUGCGUUGGUUGCGCUUAUUGUCUGUACAUUGGAUGUAUACGUACAGUCGACACUCGACCAACCAAUAUCGACCAGUACAACAGUACCUCGUCCUUUUCUGUACACCACCAGAGAACAACAGCCUGACUCCCGCCCACCAAUCGCUGGUGGGGGCCAGAACCAACUGCAUACCGGCGCCCACCCAUCCUCCCGUAUACUAGUGUACUCCAUGCCCAGCCCGGGUGGCUGCUUUUCUCUUUGCUCUUGCCUCUCUUUACCUCUCCAACUCUGAACAAGAAGCUCUUGGGACCUCGAAUGGUGUUUCCCAAGUUGCGUGUCGACCAACAUUGCUCCGGUCCCUAGCAGCACCGGAGACGCGACAUCAAUUCAGGCCA